AUGGAGAACACAAGAAGUAAUGAUACAAGUGAAUCCUCAGAGGCUCACAUGAGCCAAAUGGAACUGAUGCCUACAGCAUUGACUGAAGCAAUGACACAACAGCAGAGACAACAACCUUUGCCCCCUCCGCCUCUGCCGGUACAAGUUAAACCCGAUAAUAACGAUGUCAUCAACCUAACUCAGAAAUUUAUGAAGAUGAAACCGCCAACUUUCUUGGGUGAUAUUGAACCGUUGAAAGAAGAGACAUGGUUACUUGAGAUAGAGAAGUUAUUUGAAGUUUUUCCCUGUACCGAAACUCGGAAGGUUUUAUUGGCCACCUAUACUCUCAACGACGAAGCUCGAAGAUGGUGGUUACUGAUUCGGAAUACCAAUGGAAACAUGACAUGGGCUCGAUUCAAUGAAAUCUUUUAUGACAAGUACUUCCCUCAGUGUUUUCGGGUCCGAAAAGUGUUUGAGUUCCAAGAACUUAAGCAAGGCAGAAUGUCCGUAGCUGAGUACGAGGCUAAGUUCACUGAGUUAGCUAGAUUUGCUCUUCACAUGGUGGAUACGAACUAUGAGAAAGCCCGCAAAUUUGAAGGAGGAUUGGAUUUAGACAUAUUUGAUCAAGUAGGCGUAUUGAAGUUGCCAACAUACUUAUAA